UGGCGGUACCAACAGCGCCUUGUGGCGCUGAGCGUACUUCCUUUGGCGCAAGCCGCAGAAUAACAGCAGGCUGGAGAGGAGGAGGCUUGUCACGUUUUCCUCCACCGCUGCUCAAGAUACUCACAGGAGGCAGGAAAAUGCACCGUGCGUGCAAAGUUGUGUGUUUAAAACGGCGGAUGACAACACGUCAUCGCCUCAAAGAGGCUUUCCUUGCGUAAUUUGGCAUCGGGUUUAUUCGUGCGCCGAUAUCCCCGUUUUGCAUCUUGUGUCCUCCUCGUCAUCCCAUCAUCAUCAUCAUCAUUAGAAAGAAAGGGGGAACAUCUGCAUGCUGCAGGAGUGAGAACAUUUGCUUCUAUGCUACAUCUCGGGUGAAGCCACCACAAAGCAAUGCCCUGGACUUCUUCACCUCCUGGGAAUUGAGCUCACGGUACAGUUCUCUGGGAUAUAGAUAGACUGCCAGCAUGUUGCAGCCCUCCAGAAGAGCAGGUGGCAGCCUGUUAAAAACAUCACCUCCCUGGAGUAAGGGUUUGGAAUGGGCCCUCUUCCUCGCCCUGUGCAUAGGUCUCCACUGGCCUCCAGGGACAGCAGGGUCAGCGCUAGACUGUCACAAGACUUGUAUCUGCGCCUCCAACAUCAUGAGCUGCUCUAAGAUGAACCUGACCAACAUUCCGACGGGGCUGCCGCUCUACGCCACCGUUCUGGAUCUCAGCUACAAUGAGAUCACAAAGUUGAGGUCAGAGUGGACUCCAGUAAAGCUCCCAAAGCUUCGCAACCUGCUGCUCAGUCACAAUGGCCUCCUCUUCCUGUCAUCAGAGGCAUUCAUUAAUGUGAAAUACCUGCGCUACCUGGACCUGUCCUCCAACAGCUUGCAGCAGCUAGAUGAGUUUGUCUUUGAGCCUUUGGUCAACAUAGAGGUUCUCUUGUUGUACAAUAACAAAAUUUACCAGAUUGACCGCUCAGCUUUUAUCACCAUGAGCAAUCUCCAGAAGCUCUACCUGAGCCAAAACCAAAUCUCCCGAUUCCCCGUGGAGCUUGUCAAGGAAAAAUCCCGUCUAGAAAAACUUAGCUUGCUGGAUGUGUCAUCAAACAAGAUUAAAAUGUUGCCUAUUGAUGAGCUUCAAGUCCUGCCAUCCUGGAUUAAAAACGGCCUCUAUUUCCACAACAACCCUCUGCUCUGUCACUGUGACCUCUACACACUUCUUGCACACUGGUACAUCCGAAAGCUCAACUCAGCCCUGGACUUCAAAAAUGACUUCACAUGUGUUCUGCCGGGCCCACAGAAGACCCAGGUGGAUGCUUUCGAUCUGAGCGGCGACAGCAUGAACUGCAGUACUUUCAAGGAGGCAGAACAAGAAGCUUUUCUUGAGCAGUCGUUGCUCCUCGGUUGCGACACCAAACACAGGAAUGUGUUAAAGACUUGGACACUUCCUGGUAAUGUGGCAGUGAUACCAACAAGCAACCAGACUGCUAAAGUCUUGCCAGGUGGCAGUCUUCAAGUUAGUCCAGUGAGAUUGGACGACUCUGGAACCUAUACCUGUUUUGCCACCAGCGCGACCUUCAAUGAAACCAUCUAUGUGGUACUGAAGGUCCACAACUUUACCAUGCAUGGCAAUGGAGACACCCUGAACACGGCGUACACCACAUUAGUCGGCUGCCUGGCCAGCGUGGUUCUGGUAAUCAUAUACCUUUACCUGACACCGUGCCGCUGCUUCUGCUGCCCCAAUAGGGGUAAAAAUCGGGGGGACGACAGCAUCCACUCAUCCAUGUUGAGCGUGACGCCGACCCACGGGGACCCAGUGCUCAAGGCGGAGCUCAACAGACAUGUGGCUUUCAUAGACUCUAAGGAGGCACAGGGACAAAAUGGCAAGCUGAACCCUAACGGGGAUGAGGACAAUGAUGACAUAGACGUUGAGGCCAGUUCACUUAUGAAGGGAAAGAGGAAGAAGUCAGUAGCAGACUCCAUUAGCUCGGUCUUCUCAGACACUCCUAUGAUGGUGUGAGAAGAAAGCUGACAGGAUACUAGCAGAUUUUUUCAAAGGGAAUUGGGAGAAAACAAGUUGAAAUAAGAGCCUUUGCGAAAGUGAACUGUCUUGUUCUCAACAAUUAGCCGGACUUUUCCAGCAUUCUAAUGUGUAGCACUUAAUUUAAUGCAUUUACUGUGAAGGAAGGGGGAUGUGGGGAACGGAAACUACUGACGUCUUGAGCAUUCACCCUGUGAUAGAUGAUAUUGUGCUAAUGAGGGGGGGAGAAAUG